CAGUCCUGUCGCUCGCUUUCGCUGGUCCCUUUGCUUGGCUUCCCCCUUUGCCAGAAGCAACCACCAAUCUAACCUGCCACCACCACCACCACCCUUUUUUCUCCUUCAUUUCGACGCCGCUGGACGAUUUUCGGGGGGCUUUGACCCAGACGACGAAAGGAACAUUAGCUUCUUUCUCGACUAUUCUACCCUCCAUGUCUUUGGCGAUCUAAAAGGUUUUAUCUAAACCCUUUGCAAACCCCUCGAACCACCUCAAUCGCGACUUCCGAUCCGAUCCACACCUAUCUGACGCUGCACCUUGCCAUUGCGAAUUGACGACACAACCGCGCUUUGCCGCGCCCUCUCGACUGAUUGCGUCUGCUCAGCCGUCGUUAUUGGCAUCGCCUGACAGACUUUUCUUUCCAUCUUUCGCUCCAAAGUCAUCGCACUCACGCGGUGCACCCUCAUCGCCGCAAUGAGGUUAUCACCUUUGUUCCUGUUCCUGGGCUCGACCCUCCUCUCCGGGGUUCAAGCAGCAGAGGCAGACAAGGAUGAACGGGAGAACACCUACUUCAACUCCAUGAAAGUGCCGCCAAUACUCGAGUUGACCCCGGAUACCUUUGACAAGGAGGUCAAGGCCUCGCAAUUCAUGCUUAUCAAGCACUACAGCCCUUACUGCCCGCAUUGCAUAGACUAUGCGCCGAUAUACCAGACCCUCUACGAGUGGUACUACACUUCGAAGCCCGAGUCCAAGGAGGACAAGACCUUUACCGAGCUCUACGAUUUCCGCUUCGCCACGAUUAACUGCGUGGCCUACUUUGAUCUUUGCGCUUCCCACAAUGUCGCGUCGUACCCUAGCACCAUUCUCUACAAGAAUGGCGAGCUGGCCGAGUUGAUCAAGGGUGUCAAGGACAUUGACCAGAUCAGCCCCAUCAUCGAGAAGUACCUCGAGGCGGCCAAGCCCGGAACCAGGCCCCGCAGCCUCGAGUAUCCCGAGCCUGGCGACAAGACCUCCCCCGAAAAGGCCCCAGGAAAGGCCGACGACUCGAAGAAGCCUGUGGACGACAAGGCCGACGCCAAGACGGACGCCAAGACUGAUAGCAAGACUCCCGCAAAGGCCGACGAGAAGACGCCGCCCAAGGAAGAGACCAAGGCACCCCCGAAGGCUCCUCCCGCGAAGGAGGACGACAAGCCUGCAGGCAAGACCGAUGCGAAGGCUGAUGCUAAGGGCGAUGCCAAGGGCGACGCGAAGACUGAGACAAAGACUGACGCAAAGGCCGACAGCAAGGCAGAGGCAAAGCCUAGCACCACCUCAAAGGCUAUCGCCGUUCCUACCAAGGCCGUCGUUAAGAAACCUACAGUCACACCCAACAAGGAAGGUGCCUCUGUGUCUCUGAGUGCCGAAAGAUUCCAGACCUUGGUCACCAUGACCCAGGACCCUUGGUUCGUCAAGUUCUACGCGCCCUGGUGCCAUCACUGCCAGGCCAUGGCACCUAACUGGCAGCAACUGGCCAAGGAGAUGAAGGGUCGUCUGAAUAUCGGAGAGGUCAACUGCGACGUGGAGACCAGACUCUGCAAGGACGUCCGUCUCCGCGGCUACCCCACCAUUCUCUUCUUCAAGGGUGGCGAGCGUGUCGAGUACGAUGGCCUGAGAGGCCUCGGCGACUUUGUUCACUACGCCAACAAGGCCAUCGACAUUAGCGAGGGAGUACCGGAUGUAGACGCCGAGUCCUUGGCGGCUCUCGAGGAGAAGGAAGAGGUUAUCUUCAUCUACUUCUACGACCAUGCCACUACCUCUGAGGACUUCAUGGCUCUCGAGCGUAUCCCUCUCAGCCUGAUUGGCAAGGCAAAACUCGUGAAGACCAAAGAUCCCGUUCUUUUCGCCCGUUACAAGAUCACGACCUGGCCUCGCUUGCUCGUUUCCAGAGAGGGCCGCCCUACGUACUAUCAGCCGCUGACACCCAAGGAGAUGCGUGAUAUCCACCAAGUCUUGAACUGGAUGAAGUCAGUCUGGCUUCCGAUUGUUCCAGAGAUGACCGCUUCCAAUGCUCGCGAGAUCAUGGAUGGCAAGGUCGUCGUCCUCGGAAUCGUCAACAGGGAAGACCAGGAGGGCUUCCUCAGAGCCAAGCGCGAGUUGAAGAGUGCUGCCAAUGAGUGGAUGGAUAAGCAGAUCCUUCUCUUCCAGCACGAGAGGCAAGAGCUUCGAGAUGCCAAGCAACUCAGAAUCGAUGAGGCCGAUGAUCGCGGCGACGGGCGUGCGUUGCGUGCGGCCAAGGCCAUCCGCAUCAACAUGGACAAGUCGGACCGCAAGCAGGUUGGCUUUGCCUGGGUUGAUAGUGUCUUCUGGCAGAGAUGGAUUCGCACCACCUAUGGCAUUGAUACCAAGGACGGAGACCGUGUCAUUAUCAAUGAUGAGGAUAACCGCCGCUACUGGGAUACCACUAUUACUGGCAACAACAUCCUUUUGUCCCGGACGUCGAUCUUGGAGACCAUUAACAAGGUCGUCUCUUCGCCGCCCAAGAUCAAGCCCAAGCUCACCAUCUCGAGCUUCGAGAAGAUCUUCUUUGACAUUCGUGUCACCUUUGUCGAGCACCCCUAUCUCACCAUGGGCUGCAUUCUCGGCCUGGCCUUUGGAGCCUUCUCAUGGUUCCGCAGCCGCACCCGCAAGGGCCGUGGCGGCCACUUCCGCCUUGAAGAAUCAUGGGGCAACAAGGAGCUGAUGAAGGAGGGUCUCCUGGGACCUAACGGCAACGGCAAAGUGGACUAGAAGUUGUGCUUGCUCGAACAGGAGUGGAAGAAGCUGGAGGAGCAGCAGCAUUGGUGCCCUGCACAGCAUGAUCUUGGCAAGUUGGACUAAUGGGAAAGGCCAUGAAUGAGGCUACGACGAUUUGGGGAACAUUGAACGUCAAAAGUGUGUGGGUUGUGCUUGUCUUUUUUUUUCUUGCUUUCAACGAAAGGAAAGCAGAAUGACGUAUUAAAAACCCAAAGCAUUGAGGUGAAUACUCACGGAGUUUGACGGGGACUCUUUUUUCUUAUUAGUGUUUCUUUUUUUUCCCGUUGCGUGUCUUUCUCUUUGGUCCGGGAUUUGGCCGAUGAGGCCUAGAGGUCUGUAUAAUAAAUACUCCUUUAUGUUUGAUAGGGUUGGCGGUGGUGGCGGAGAAGGAGGAAGGAGAAUACAACGCCUUUCGCGUCUACCUUAUGUGCCACUUUGACAGAUUAUACAUUGUUUAUUUGACAUUUU